UUCGGCACCGGCAAAGAAAAUGGCUGCAGUGGCAACGAAGUCGGGCGUUUUUUCCAGACUCUGGAUGGGAAUGCGAAAGUGGUACUUUAGUGCUGCAGGUUAUAACCAACUUGGUUUGAUGUCAGAUGAUCUCGUCAGAGAGUCAUUACCAGAAGUGAAAGAAGCUGUUAGACGUUUACCCCCAGAUGUGUAUGAUGACAGGCAGUUCCGCAUUAAAAGAGCAUUAGAUUUAUCAUUAAAACAUAGAGUCCUACCACAGGAUCAGUGGACAAAAUUCGAAGAUGAUAAACCUUAUCUGAAUGAACUGGUUCAACAAGUCUUAGAAGAAUGGAAAGAGAAGAGAGAAUGGGAUUCACACUAAUUCUAUACACAUAAUUGCUUGUCUUGUUUGCUGUAUCUACUGACUGAAAGUCACAGUAAAGUGACCUGUAUAAUCUUGUUUCUAAGUCUUCAAUUUUAUCAUAAUUCAGUUAUCAAUAUAUCACCAUGGUUUGGAGUUUCAAAUAGUAUUUGGUGUUCUGUUAUUUAUCAGAAUAAAGUGAGUUUUCAAAACA